AAGAAUAAGAAAAGAAACAGAAUGUGAAUGCAAUACUGUACUCUCGUUUUCUGGGGUUCCAAUAUUUCCUCAGUUCUUAAUUUCAUUGAUCCAUAAAUGUACAGCAGGUAGCUCUUGACAAGAGCCUUCAGUCAGCUGGAGUGAAAACUAAUUAUCAACAAGGCACCAGUUGGGCUGUAGAAUUGGGAAGUGCGGACCAGAUGUGCCCUAUAGUUGUCAAAGAUUUGAAGCACCCUGGACACAUGCUUAUAAAGAUGAUGUGUGACGACCAUGGACGUCUCUUAGAGAUUUUUGAUGUUAUUCACCGUUUGGAGCUGACAAUUUUGAAGGGUGUGAUGGAAAAGCGUUCAGAGACUACCUGGGCUCACUUCAUUGUUGAGGCUUCAGGAAGCUUCCAUAGACUGGAUAUCUUCUGGCCGCUGAUGCACAGCUCGUACAGCAGGUGCCAAGUUCUAUUUCGCGCAACAUGUAGUUGGUUUAUUGAACUAUGAAGAGAUUUGUUGAUUGGGAGCUCUGUAAUGAAACCUGGAUUUAUUUUCUAUUAUUUGUGUUUGCCAAA